AUUUGGGCUCAAGUGCUAAUAGUCGCAUCAGGGUGUUCCUUGGUACCUCGCAUGAAGGAGCCUGCACCAAACACACAGCCCAAUGCUUGGGUAAAGACCGCAUUGUCGUGGAGCAUCGCAGUAGGCCUGGGCGUCACAGAUGGCGUGUUCCACUGGCGCUGUGGUGUCGACGAGGUCAGACGCCGAAAACGUGGUUUGGAUUGCAAAGAGGUAGGCACCUUUUUAGAUUGGGCCCCUGGCCUCACAGAAGGGAUAUGUCGCUGCCUCGUGUCCAUUGCGCUCGCUGGGCUCGCCUGGGAGGUUGCGGUUUCCGUGGGGCACGGCAAGUUGGCGAGCUACACGCAGAGGGCCUUCAUCGGAAUACGUGGCAGCGGAGUGUAUGUUGCAUCUGCACUCGCUGGCUUCACCUUGGUCCUGGGGCUUUGGGACAUCUUCGGAGAAAUCAUCGCAGACGGCGGUGGGCUGCCGAAGUGGGGGCAGAUCUACCUACACGUGUUCGAGGUCAUGUGUCAGACCGCCGUCUUUGCUUGUUUGGCGGGCAUUUGCUUCGAUCUUGUGUGUUCAGGAAGCUGCCUGAACGCCAUGAUGUUCGUCAAGAACUUGGUGCACUGCACUGACAAUGUUGAAGAUCACGCGCACUGGGGGACAAGCACAGGCACUUGCCACGGACGUGAAAGGUAUGAAGCGACGAACGUGGAUCCCGAGGUCGGUGUCUCAGGCCAGCGUGCGGACAUGAGAAGAGUCGUGUUGUUGUGGAUGGCGUUUCUCAUCACCUUCUUCUGCGUCAUCUUCGAUGCGGCGACGGGCCACCAGCAUGGGUGGAUUGCGAUGCCCCUGGAUGUGUUUGGUGUGAUAUGCAUCUCGGGCAUCGCGUUCGCGAUUGUGAGAGGCGCUGCAGACAUAGGUUUCUCUGUGCUCUCUGCGCUGACACAGAGCCACGUUGCUGCCUUGAUACCCUCCUUUCAGCACUCCAGGACACCGUGAAUCAUCCGAGACCGACACCUCGUUGCCAGCAUGAGGGCGUCUGCCGCAUGCUUCGCCAGAGGGAGUGAUUUUCUGUCGCUAUGAGUUGCAUUGCAGAUGCCGUUGGAGCAUGAGGGCUUGAAUUAUACCAGACCGUGUUCGGUUUGCUGUUGGAUUUAUGUUGGCAUUAUUUGAAUUCAAUACACGUCCGAACACUCCCGGUGAAGGGAAUUACAUCGGACAGUGAGGGCGCGAAUUGCAUAGGGGCACACUCUGCGUUUUUACUUUGUCACCGCCCGUCUGCUUCCAGUCGAGCCCUUCUUUGUAUUCCGCCUCUGUCUCUCUCUCUCUCUCUCUCUCUCCGAAAGGCAGCGGGUACGCCAUGAUGCUCGCAGACACCCAGCGUUGGGAGGGGCGGGGA